ACAAUAUUCAGUACCUAGGCUGUUAAACACAGCCACGGAUACAGUUAUAUGCUCUCAAAUGUAUAUCUCUACCAGCUGUACUGACUAUUCCUCUUAAAGUCAUGUAGUUAGCUCUGCAGACGUUGCUCAGCAACAACCGACCAUGCUAGCUAGCUAAUGUGUUAGCAUCAAGACUCACAACUCUCAGCGGGUUUAACGUUAUUAACUCAUCUAACGGGACCAUUUCACUUAACGUGUUGGCACAUGCGGUGGAGAGUGGACGCUGAUGGGGGACGAAAAGGAGACCUGGAAAGUUAAAACUCUUGACGAAAUACUACAGGAGAAGAAACGCAGAAGGGAAUUAGAAGAGAAAACCGACCCCAAGCGCCAGAAAAAUUGCACACAGGGCCUUGUUCCACAGUCGGAUGAUCGGGAAGCCAAACGAGAUACUCCGGAGGAAGGAGAACUACGGGAUCAAAAGAUGGAAAUAACAAUUCGUAAUUCCCCGUACACACGGGAGGACUCAACAGAGGACAGGGGCGAGGAAGAUGAAUCAUUAGCAAUCAAGCCUCCACAGCAAAUGGCAAGAAAAGACAAGUCUCAUCACAGAAAGGAGGAGAAGAGAAAAGAUAAAAGACGUCAUCGCAGUAACUCUGCUGAAGGAGCAGCGAAACAUAUACGACCCAAAGACAAAGAAAAAGAGCGAGAGAGUGAGCGCAGGAAGCGUCAGUGGGAGGAAGACAAAGCCCGGCGAGAAUGGGAGAGGCAGAAACGAAGAGAAGAGGCCAGAGCUCAUUCACGUAGAGAAAGACCCCGAUUGGAUUCUCCUGGCUUUUUUUUGGACCACAGGGACCGGCUGGAACAGCAGGAGCGCCAGCGCGAACGGGACAGAAAGCUUCGCGAACAGCAGAAAGAGCAACGGGAGCUGAAGGAGCGGGAGAGGAGGGCUGAGGAGCGACGCAAAGAGAGAGGUGGUCGACGAGAAGUGCCGUCUCACCAUCGAUUGCUACCUGAUGAGUAUGGUGACAAGUCAAAACAAGGUCACCACAGCCGAAGUCCCACCCGCGUUCCCCGGGACAGAGCCGAUCUCAGCGAACCACGGAAAAGUGCAACAUCGAAGGAGGAGAAGCCAGAGGGCAAAGACCUGCUUGCAGACCUCCAGGACAUCAGUGACAGUGAAAGGAAGACCAGCUCAGGAGAAUCCUCCAUCGCAUCAGGAUCAGGCUCUGAUGAAGAGGAUGACGAUGAUGAGGAGGAGUCCAGCAGCCAGAGUGAGGGUGAAGAAGAGGAAGGGGAGUCCGUUUCAGGCUCAGGAAGGUCUGAGCAGAGUGCAGAGGACGUGAGUGAGGACGAGCAGUCAGUGGAAGACUUUGAAGAGGAGAGGGAAAAUGGAAAUCACAUACCUGCAGUGCCAGAGUCCCGAUUCGAUCAUAACUCCGAGGAGAGCGGUGAGGACAUGGAGGAUGAGGAGGAGGAGGAGGAGGAGGAGGAUGAUGCAGGAGAGGGUGACCCCACACCUCAGUCUCAAACACAUUCUCGCUCCCCAACACCCGAAGAGAACUACAUCCCAGACUCGCCCCCGAUUUCCCCUGUGGAGCUGAAGAAGGAGCUGCCCAAAUAUCUGCCUGCUUUACAGGGUUGUCGCAGCGUUGAGGAAUUCCAGUGCUUGAACCGAAUAGAAGAGGGAACCUACGGUGUGGUGUACAGAGCCAAGGACAAAAAGACGGAUGAAAUUGUGGCCUUGAAAAGGUUGAAGAUGGAGAAGGAGAAAGAGGGCUUCCCCAUCACCUCAUUAAGAGAAAUCAAUACAAUCCUGAAAGCUCAGCACCCAAACAUCGUCACAGUGAGGGAAAUAGUUGUUGGAAGUAAUAUGGACAAGAUCUACAUCGUGAUGAACUAUGUAGAACAUGACCUGAAGAGUCUGAUGGAAACCAUGAAGCAGCCCUUCCUGCCAGGUGAAGUAAAGACUCUGAUGAUUCAGCUGCUGCGAGGUGUCCGUCAUCUCCACGAUAACUGGAUUCUCCAUCGUGAUCUGAAGACGUCCAAUCUGCUGCUGAGCCACAAGGGAAUCCUCAAGAUUGGCGACUUUGGUUUGGCCCGGGAGUACGGUUCCCCCCUGAAGCCCUACACCCCUGUAGUGGUGACCCUGUGGUACCGAUCACCAGAGCUGCUGCUCGGAGCCAAGGAGUACUCCACAGCUGUGGACAUGUGGUCAGUGGGUUGCAUAUUUGGCGAGCUCCUCACCCAGAAACCUCUCUUCCCUGGAAAAUCUGAAAUUGACCAAAUUAACAAGGUUUUUAAGGAUUUGGGGUCACCCAGUGAGAAGAUCUGGCCCGGCUACAACGAGCUGCCCGCUGUGAAGAAGAUGACUUUCACAGAGUAUCCCUACAACAAUCUGCGAAAGCGCUUUGGAGCGCUGCUCUCGGAUCAAGGCUUUGACCUCAUGAACAAAUUCCUCACCUACUGCCCCAGUAAGAGGAUUUUAUCAGACGAGGGGCUCAAGCACGAGUAUCUACGCGAGACGCCGCUGCCCAUCGACCCGUCCAUGUUCCCCACCUGGCCGGCCAAGAGCGAGCAGCAGAGGGUGAAGAGAGGCACCAGUCCUCGUCCACCCGAGGGAGGCCUGGGCUACAGUCACCUGGGCGAUGACGACCUAAAAGACACAGGCUUCCACCUGACAACCAGCAACCAGGGAGUGUCUGCAGUCGGUCCAGGAUUUAGCCUCAAAUUCUGAGCCCACACCUGCAGGAUACGUGGCUGUCUAAGCUGGAGCAGAGAGUUCUGGGACUUGUUGUUCUUUUGGAAUUGGACAGUUUCACUGGUUUACAGCUGUAAACCAGAUCAAUAUCUGACCAAUUACAACGGUUACCGAAUAGUCAGGACUGUCUCACAGCAAGACUGGUGGUCUCACAGCAAGACAUGUUGAAUCUCCUGAAUUUUCACUUGACUUUUCAGCUUCUUCCCUGUGUUUUCAAGCCAUUUCACCGUUUUUUAAACGUCGCCAUUUUAGCUGGUAAAGAGGAGAUGCAACCAUACAUCUGUUAGAAGUUUAGCUCUCAUGUUUGACUUUUGUUUUAUUUUCCCUUUUAUACUUCAUGAGAGAGGACCAGAUUUUCUAAAUGGUUGGUAUUUCCUGGCUGCCUGAGCUACUGUAUAAUGAUGCAGUAUUGGCCGUGUUGUCCAUGCAGCAUUAUGUUAGAAACUUACUUAGGACUGUCAAUGUCACUUGAUGACAGGGGGACGAUGUUUUUCCUAGAAAUAAAGUUUGAAACUUUG